CUUGAGUUGUGACAUGAAUUAUUUUUUAUUUAUUUUCCAAUUUCCUGCAUUUGCAACCAUAGAGAAAUAGAGGGAGAGAGAUCAGGCAUAUGGGAUGGGGAAUAUUCUAAAGAGAUCUAUUCCCUCAGCCUUAUAAAUUAAAUCAUGUUGCACUCGGCAUGGUCGUGCCUCCAAGCUGCAAAUCUCUGAUGGGAACAAUAUCAGGACCCUGAUCUCCACUCACUGAUAUGAAGUGGAACCUUCCUCCCAUCAGGCAUCCGUUCCUAGCAGUGUGCCAGACCUUUGCAAGUGGAAAUGAUUUGCAAAUAACAGCAAAGAAAACCCAAGGCACGAGGUCAGAGUAAUUACUCAGCGCAUACUGUAUGGCGGAAGGAUGAUCAUCUACAGGGAUUUGACAGGACCUGUCAAAACAAAGCAAUUUACUAUGCAUAAACAUCCCUGGUAACUAAGAGCUGCAGGAUGAAAAGAUGGAACAGCUACGGAUUGUACCUCCAGGGCCAGACAGCUUCCGCUACUUUACCAGGGAAUCUCUUAAAGCUAUUGAGAAGCGAAUUUCAGAGGAAAAAGAAAAUAAUGCAAAACAGGAGCAAAAAGAGGGGGAGGAAAAUGGUCCAAAACCAAACAGAGACUUGGAAGCUGGGCAAUCACUACCAUUUAUAUAUGGAGACAUUCCACCUAGGAUGGUAUCUGAACCGCUGGAGGAUCUGGACCCCUAUUAUGCCAAUCAAAAGACAUUUAUAGUAUUGAAUAAAGGGAAGACAUUAUUCCGUUUCAGUGCCACAUCUGCCUUGUACAUUUUAACGCCUUUCAAUCCUGUGCGCCAAGCAGCUAUAAAAAUUCUGGUUCAUUCAUUAUUCAACAUGCUUAUUAUGUGCACUAUACUGACCAACUGCGUCUUUAUGACCUUGAGUAAUCCUCCAGAAUGGACCAAGAAUGUAGAGUACACAUUCACUGGGAUCUAUACAUUAGAAUCAUUGAUAAAGAUCCUUGCAAGGGGAUUCUGUUUAGAGAAAUUUACUUUUCUACGUGACCCUUGGAACUGGCUUGAUUUCAGCGUGAUUGUGUUGGCGUAUGUAACAGAAUUUGUAAACCUAGGCAAUGUUUCAGCUCUUCGAACUUUCAGAGUAUUGAGAGCUUUGAAAACUAUUUCUGUAAUUCCAGGUCUAAAAACUAUCGUGGGCGCACUGAUUCAGUCGGUGAAGAAGCUUUCGGAUGUCAUGAUUCUCACAGUGUUUUGCCUCAGUGUGUUUGCACUAAUAGGGCUACAGCUUUUCAUGGGGCACCUGAGGAAUAAGUGUUUGUUGUGGCCUUACAACUCUUCUGUAGAUAUCAGUCUAUACGAGCAUUUCAAUGAAAGUCUGUUUUAUAAAUUAGAAAAUCAGAAGGACCCUUUGGUUUGUGGUAAUAGCUCAGAUACUGGUAAGUGCCCAGAAGGUUACGUCUGUGUGAAAGCUGGAAGGAAUCCCAAUUACGGCUAUACAAGCUUUGACACAUUCAACUGGGCUUUCUUAUCACUGUUUCGCCUGAUGACUCAAGACUGCUGGGAAAAUCUUUAUCAGCUGACACUACGAGCUGCUGGUAAAACCUACAUGAUCUUUUUUGUGCUGGUGAUUUUCCUGGGUUCUUUCUACUUGGUAAACUUAAUCUUGGCUGUGGUGGCCAUGGCUUAUGAAGAGCAGAACCAGGCUACCAUAGAAGAAGCUGUACAGAAAGAGGCAGAAUUUCAAAGGUUGAAAAAACAGCAAGAGGAAGCUCAGGCAUUGGCAGCAGCAGUUGCAGAUGUGUUUGGAGAGUCACAAGAAUUAAGUGAGGAAGUUGGUCUGGAAGACGCGUCUGAGUGCUCCUCAACUGUAUCCAAGCUGAGCUCUAAGAGCGCUAAAGAGCGGAGGAACUGGAGGAAGCAAAGAAAACAGGUAGCACAUUGUGAUGGACAGGAAAAAGGGGAUAAGGAAAAAUGUUACAAAUCUGGAUCUGAAGACAGUAUAAAAAGGAAAGGGUUGAAUUUUACCAGGGAAGGGAGACGGCUAGAGGAAUACAGGAAAUCCUCAAUGCCCCACCAGUCACUUCUGAGUAUCCAAGGCCCCGUGUUUUCCCCAAGGCGCAACAGCAAAACAAGCAUCUUCAGCUUCAAAGAUCGGGCAAAGGACGUGGGGUCAGAGAAUGAUUUUGCUGAUGAUGAACGCAGCACUUUUGAAGAGGACAGCAGAAGGGACCCUCUCUUUGUGCCUGGAAGACACAGAGCCCGACGUAAUAGUAACAUUAGUCAAACUAGCAGAUCAUCUAGGAUUUUGCCUUUGCUGUCGAUGAAUGGGAAAAUGCAUAGCACAGUGGACUGCAAUGGAGUAGUCUCCCUGGUGGGUGGAUCAAGUGCUCCUAUUGGGCUCUUUCCAGAGGGCACCACAACAGAGACAGACAGAAAAAGAAGGCCAAGCUCCUACAAGAUCUCUAUGGAUUUAAUGGAAGAUCCAUCAUUAAGACAAAGAGCCCAGAGUAUAGCUAGUAUACUAACAAACACAAUGGAAGAGCUACAAGAAUCUAGGCGGAAAUGCCCUUCUUGUUGGUACAAGUUUGCUAAUUGUUUCUUGAUCUGGGACUGCUGCGAAGCUUGGUUGAAAGUUAAACGGAUUGUUAAAUUGAUUGUGAUGGAUCCCUUCGUUGACCUUGCUAUCACAAUCUCUAUUGUUUUAAACACAAUAUUCAUGGCUGUAGAACACGCCCACAUGACUCCAUACUUUAUUAGUGUGCUCACCACUGGGAAUCAGGUUUUCACUGGAAUAUUUACAGCUGAAAUGGUUUUAAAGCUCAUUGCUCUGGACCCAUACUAUUAUUUUCAAGAGGGUUGGAAUAUUUUUGAUGGUCUCAUUGUGAGCCUUAGUUUAAUGGAACUUGGACUUUCCAGUACUGGCGGAUUUUCGGUUCUUCGCUCUUUUAGACUGCUCCGUGUUUUCAAGUUGGCAAAAUCCUGGCCUACACUGAAUAAGCUGAUAAAGAUAAUUGGCAAUUCUGUAGGCGCUUUGGGAAACCUGACUCUGGUGUUGGCUAUCAUCGUCUUUAUUUUUGCCGUGGUUGGGAUGCAGCUGUUUGGUAAAAGUUACAAGGAAUGUGUCUGCAAAAUUGCAGAAAACUGUGAGCUUCCUCGCUGGCAUAUGAACGACUUCUUCCACUCCUUCCUUAUUGUGUUCCGAGUUUUGUGUGGGGAAUGGAUUGAAACCAUGUGGGACUGUAUGGAGGUUGCAGGACAAUCUAUGUGCCUUCUUGUAUUUAUGCUGGUGAUGGUGAUUGGAAAUUUAGUGGUGCUGAAUCUGUUCUUGGCCUUGCUCCUCAGCUCUUUUAGCUCAGACAAUUUAUCUGCUACUGAUGAAGACAGUGAAAUAAACAAUAUUCAGAUUGCAGUGGGCAGGAUACAGAGGGGGGUAGCCAGUGGUAAAAUAAUUUUGCGUGAAUUUUUUGAAAAACUAUUCCUCCAAAAACAAAAAGAUAUAAAUGAAACAAAACAGCUAGAAGAAACCCCUGGAAAGAAUGACACUUGUGUGCUUGGCAAUGCGGUGGUGGAGAUAUUAAAGGAAAAGAAUGAUGUUAGAGACAGUGAUGGAAUGACAAGCGAGAUUGGAAGCAGUGUGGAGAAAAGUGCAGAAAAUGAGAAGGAAUACAUGACAGUUAUCAACAAAACCUCCCUCACUGUAGCUGUGCCUAUUGCUCCUGGGGAAUCAGAUUUUGAAAAUCCAAACACUGAAGAAUUCAGCAGUGAAUCUGAUCCUGAAGAAACAAAAGAGAAGAUAAAGGUUUCUAGCUCCUCCGAAGGGAGUACAAUCGAUAUUAGAGCCCCAGGAGUGGAAAGAAUAGAAGAGUUCUUGGACUAUGAGUACGAGGAGACAUUUGAUCCAGAGCCAUGUUUUACAGAUGAUUGUGUUGCGAGCUUCACAUGUUGCCAGAUUAACAUAGAGAAUGGAACUGGAAGAGAUUGGUGGAAUCUCAGAAAAACCUGUUACACCAUUGUUGAGCACAGUUGGUUUGAAUCAUUUAUUAUUUUUAUGAUUCUUCUCAGCAGUGGGGCACUGGCGUUUGAAGACAUUUAUGUUGAACAACGGAGAAAUGUGAAAGCGAUACUGGAAUACGCAGACAAGGUUUUCGCCUACAUCUUUAUAAUGGAAAUGCUUCUGAAAUGGGUGGCGUACGGCUUCAUAAAGUAUUUCACCAAUGCCUGGUGCUGGCUUGAUUUCAUAAUCGUAGAUAUUUCCUUGGUUAGCCUUAUAGCCAAUGCCUUGGGCUACUCAGAGUUAGGUGCCAUUAAGUCACUUAGGACACUAAGAGCCUUGAGACCCCUGAGGGCCCUCUCACGGUUUGAAGGGAUGAGGGUAGUUGUGAACGCCCUGAUUGGAGCUAUUCCAUCUAUUAUGAAUGUGCUUCUCGUUUGCCUUAUAUUCUGGCUCAUCUUCAGCAUCAUGGGAGUAAAUUUGUUUGCCGGCAAGUUCUACUACUGUGUUAAUACUACAAGUGGUGUACCGUUCCCUGCUACAGAUGUUAACAAUUACUCUGAUUGCCGCAUGUAUAUUAAUACCACUGGUGCUGCCAGAUGGAAAAAUGUAAAAGUGAACUUCGACAAUGUGGGUGCUGGGUAUCUUGCCUUGCUUCAAGUGGCUACCUUUAAAGGAUGGAUGCCUAUUAUGUAUGCAGCAGUGGAUUCCAGAGAGAUAAAUGAACAGCCCAAAUACGAAAACAAUACAACCAUGUACCUGUAUUUUGUAGCCUUUAUCAUUUUUGGGUCAUUCUUCACCUUGAAUCUCUUCAUUGGUGUAAUCAUUGAUAACUUCAACCAACAGAAGAAGAAGCUAGGGGGCCAAGAUAUCUUCAUGACAGAGGAACAAAAAAAGUAUUAUAACGCUAUGAAAAAACUGGGCUCCAAAAAGCCUCAGAAACCCAUUCCAAGGCCUGCGAAUUGUUGCCAGGGAUUGAUCUUUGAUUUUGUAACAAAACAAGCGUUUGACAUCAUCAUCAUGAUCCUUAUCUUUCUCAACAUGGUAACAAUGAUGAUUGAAACAGAUGACCAGAGUCAAGAGAUGGAAAUGUACUUAUACAGGAUCAAUGCUGUCUUCAUCAUCCUUUUCACGGGAGAGUUUCUCCUUAAACUAAUUUCUUUGCGACAGUAUUACUUUACUAUUGGCUGGAACAUUUUUGACCUGGUUGUCGUCAUCCUUUCUAUAGUUGGUAUGUUUCUGGCAGACAUUAUUGAAAGGUAUUUUUUUUCCCCAACAUUAUUCAGAGUCAUACGGCUUGCCAGGAUUGGAAGGAUCUUACGCCUCAUUAAAGCGGCAAAGGGGAUACGUACUCUGCUGUUUGCAUUAAUGAUGUCACUUCCUGCUUUAUUUAAUAUUGGCCUCCUGCUUUUCCUUGUUAUGUUUAUAUAUGCCAUCUUUGGAAUGUCCAAUUUUGCCUAUGUGAAAAAGCAGUCGGGCAUUGAUGAUAUGUUCAACUUUGAAACCUUCGGCAACAGUAUGAUCUGUUUGUUUCAAAUCACAACAUCUGCUGGUUGGGAUCUUUUGUUAGAACCAAUUCUCAAUAGUGGGGAGCCAGACUGUGACCCAAACGCUGAACACCCAGGAAGCCUUUUUAAAGGCGAUUGUGGAAACCCAUCUGUUGGGAUAUUCUUCUUUGUUAGUUACAUCAUUAUAUCAUUUCUUAUUGUGGUAAACAUGUACAUUGCUGUUAUUCUUGAAAACUUUAGCGUUGCUACUGAAGAGAGUGCAGAGCCAUUGGGAGAGGAUGAUUUUGAAAUGUUUUAUGAGGUUUGGGAAAAAUUUGACCCAUCUGCUUCACAGUUUAUUGAGUACAGUAAGUUGUCUGACUUUGCAGAUGCACUAGACCCACCUCUCCGCGUACCAAAGCCAAAUAAUAUACAACUUAUUGCUAUGGAUCUUCCCAUGGUAAGUGGAGACAGAAUACACUGUCUUGACAUACUCUUUGCCUUUACAAAGCGUGUCUUGGGUGAAGGCGGAGAAAUGGAUUCUCUUCGUCAACCAAUGGAAGAACGCUUUAUGACAUCAAAUCCAUCAAAGGUCCCCUAUGAACCAAUCACAACCACCUUGCGACGUAAGCAAGAGGAGCAAUCUGCUGUAGUAAUCCAACGUUGUUACCGUCGUUUCAGGUUGAAAAAGAGGCAAGCAUCUCAGACUUACAAGGGAAACAGAAAUAAACAAAUUGAAGAAAUUGAAAGAAAUGUUAAUAAAAGCCAACAGCGUUACACAACAGAAAUAUCAGAUACAUCCACCUCAACAAUGUCCCCGCCGUCCUAUGACAGUGUAGAGAAGACGCAACAAGAAAAAUAUGAAAAAGACAGGCAGAAAAAGAAGAUAUCACUAAAGACCCAAAAUGAUGUACAUUGACAAUAUUUGUGUAAUACAUAGUUUACGGCCUGUAAAGGGGACCUAUAAUGCAUUCAUUCUCGACACUGAGAACUAUGCCAAACUCACUAUGUAUGUUUAGUGCCUAAGACACCAUCUAAAAAGUAUUCUCUGUAAGAGAGGAACAGAUAUGUGAGCUUGUUAAAGGCUAAAGUUGCCAUAUCUCAUAUUAUAAAAGUGUAAAAGGGAUCUAAAAUAUUUACUCCGCAUGAGCACUUAUGGGUACGUGCUUAUGCAUUAUAUCAGUCGCUUCAUUUUCAGACCAUAGCUCAUGUACAAAUACAGGUCAAUGUAUUUAAACUAUAACGACUAGCUUUUAAAUAGGGAUGGCUGUUAAAAAAAAAAAGUAAAAUAUAUAUUACGUUUUUGAGCAGUUUUGGAUUCAAAAUGGAAUUCUGAUAUUUCUUGGUAGAAGAUAAAGAAGCAGAGAGGUAUAUAUAAUAAGGAUUGUUGCCCAUUUCAUCAAUGAAACACCAAAUGUAUUCAAUUAUAAUUUUUAUGGUGGUAACCAGGGUUCAUUUUUUAAAAGUAUUCUAUCCAUCGUAGCGCCAUUGCCUGUCGUAUUGAAUAUACCAGACAAGGGUGGCAUAGUGCUCUGAUUGCUAAAUGAUAUGAUGGUUGGCACUAGGAAGCAGGUAGAGGUAUUGCUCAUGAUCCGUGCCUCUCCAUUCAGCAUCCAGAGUACCCAGCACGGGGCAGAUGGUAUUUAGAGAGACAGUAACUCUAAUUGCUAAAAAUUGUGCCCAGGUGGCCCACUAGUUUAGCAACUAUCACAUCAGAGGCAAACAGUGAGUAGAUGUGCAUCCAACUGAACCCUACUAUUUCUACAGUAAUUUUAUAAUCUUAUUUUUGGUGCCUUGGAUAUAAGGAUACGUCCGGUGUGGGCCAUUUCUAACAACACAGUUUCAAGUGUUUAGAAUUAACAAUUUCACACAAUAUUUGUACUGAGAAACUGUGGGACAUAUGCAAACUGUUAUAACCUUUAUUAGAAGAGAAAGUAUCAGUAGCUGGUUUGGUCUAGGCACAAGCCCAGAAUAUGUUACAGUUUUAUAGCUCAGUGGAACAGAAAGCCUUUAAAUAACUCUAAUAAACUGGGCAGUGAACGAGA